UUCCGGGGCGGCGCUAUGUAUUGCGGCGCCGCGGCGCUGGGGGGAGAAGAGAGUGGCGGUUCCGCUAAGGCGGUUCUGGGUGUGAGAAAGACCGUCAUCGUCCCCGCUACGAGCGCCCGCUAUGUCUGAGGCGGCGGUGGCCGAUACGCGGCGCCUCAACUCGAAGCCGCAGGAUUUGACGGACGCCUACGGGCCGCCUAGCAACUUCCUAGAGAUCGAUAUCUUCAAUCCGCAGACCGUGGGCGUCGGUCGGGCCCGCUACACCAGCUAUGAGCUCCGCAUGAGAACAAAUCUACCCAUUUUCAAACUGAAAGAGUCUUGUGUGAGACGACGAUAUAGUGACUUUGAGUGGCUGAAAAAUGAGCUGGAGCGUGACAGUAAGAUUGUAGUGCCUCCACUUCCUGGCAAAGCCUUGAAACGCCAGCUUCCCUUCCGAGGAGAUGAGGGCAUCUUUGAGGAGUCUUUCAUAGAAGAAAGAAGACAGGGCUUAGAACAGUUCAUAAACAAAAUCGCUGGACACCCGUUGGCACAAAACGAGCGCUGCUUACAUAUGUUCCUGCAAGAAGAGACCAUUGAUAGGAAUUACGUCCCAGGGAAAGUUCGCCAGUAGGGAGAGUCUGACAUUCUCCAUUUCUCUCUCUCUCUCUCUCCCCCUGCAAAAAUGACAUUUAUUUUUACAAUGUCCCUUCUGAACCAGCUUCUUCUCUCUGAAUCUCCCCACUUGUCCAGUGUUGCCUGCCAUGCUGUCCCAUUCCACCCCCUUACCAGGCAGCAGUGUUUGGUUCUGUUGGUCUUUGGUCUCUACAUUAAAGGUGAGAAUCUCCACCUGUUGCUUGUUGAAAGUGAGCCAAGAACUAGUGUAAGGUAUUGCAGCAUGCAUCAGAUCUUCUUGUCUCCCCUUGUGCAAAGAUGUGGGGAGUUCUGAAGCCUAGGCAUUUGUCCCCCUUUCCAUGCAGCCACAGACCUCCGAUGGUGAGUAACUGAUCUUGAAACUCUUCCCACAGCUAUUGUGGAUGUUUCUGUGGGUGUUCUUAUGGGUACCCUUCAUCCCAGAAUCACUGGAAAGUAACAAGUAUCUCCAAUCCCUGCUAGGUUGAUACUGCAGACCAGAUGCUCCCUUAUUCAGACCUUGAAAGCUCCCUUAAUGAGCAGGAAAAGGUAUUCUGAGUUUUUAGCUGCUGAUGCCACUCCUAGGAAUGUCUUUAGCUUUGAAUCAUCCAUAUCAAGGGGGAAUUUUUUAUCCAAAGCAUGAGGCACCUUGUUGAAAGCCACUGCACUCCACAGAAGGGAGCCACCCUCCUGCUCCUCCAGAUGUGAUUAGCCUAGAUGCCAGAAUCCUACUGAGCAAAUAAGAUAGCUGGUUUCUUGGGCAAUUUGACUUUAAAGCCUGCACAGCAGUGUUUCUCCAAGGAUUCCUAAGAUAGUGGCAUAGAAAGUAGUCAAAGCUAAAGUAUAUUUAAAAUACAGAUUCUGUGGCUGCUAAAUGUCUUCAGUUAUACUUGUUUGCCUCCAUUUGUGGCUACAAUGUAAACUUCAUUUUUAUUAUUCAUCAGCAGUGUAUAUUAGAAGGCCCUGCAGUUGCUCUUUAGGUAAUCUAAGGAGCUUCUUAAAAGGGCCCCCCUUAAUCCUGGAUGUUGUGGAUGAGGGUGGGUUUGGGGUUACAGACCUCAAAAGGUGUGUAUCUUCUGCUUCUUCCACUACUUGGCAUGGGAGAAGAUAUCAGAGAGCAAGAAAGAACCUUUGUACAAAACUCCAUAUAUGCUUGGGUGGGGGGAAGAAGGAAAGACAGGAGUAACUCGAUACCUAAUGUGGGGUUAGGCAGAAAAGAAUGUCAUCUGGGCUGCCACAGAAAACACUAAGAGAAAAACCUGCCCAAGCCCAGGGUGGUCGUAUCUGUUGCUGGAGAGGUGCUAACUGUUGUGGAACCUUGCUAACUUUUCUGUUUGAAGCAGCCUACUGCUUCCUCCUGGACCAGUAUUAGCUAAGGGUUUUUUAAAUCCUUCAUUGGUGCACAAGGCUGAAGAUCAAAGGCUGUUAAUGCUGUGCAUAUAUUCCGAUGUGGGGCUUAUAAUUCAGCAAACUGUCUUUGGUUUACUGUCUAAUGUAAUGUCCAAGAUUUGUUCAUAUUAAACCACUGUGAAGCCAA